AGUCCAGGCUUACCUAUUUAAUGCCUCGUGGCCAUGGCGAUCUCUGCCUUCUUCGUCCUCGAAUUCUCCUGUUUAUCCAACCAAGUCCGCCUCCCUUGUACCACGAAGCCUCCGAGAAAGUUCAAUGACUGAAUGAACAAGAGAACUCUCACCCGCAUCGAUAAAAUCCUUUGAAUUCGCAAUCGACGAAUUUUUCUGUUCUUCCUCUUUUGGAUGUAGGGGAGGUUCUUGAAAUUUGACUUGGUUUCCAGCUGCGAGUUUUCCCUUGCGCUCGCUUGUUGUUCGAGGCGCUAGUUGUCGUCGGAUCUUGGGGGAAUUUUUUGUUGGGUGGACUCAAGGAACAGGCUUUUAGCCGGAGGCAGUUAGCCCGGAAUCUUCUUUGUAUCUGCUGUGUAUUCAUCGAAGUGAUUUAUGAUAUUUAAGAGGGAUUGUUUGCUUGGAGAAGUCGUAACAGGAUUGCUUGCUUGAAGAAAUCGUAACAGGAACCGAGGAUAUAGCCUGUAUAGUAAGCCCCAGGUAUUUGGCGACGUUAGCUGCGGAGUGACCAAAUGAAUGUUGUGGGAAAAGUUGGUAGCCUCAUUUCACAAGGCGUCUAUUCUGUUGCCACCCCAUUCCAUCCUUUUGGUGGUGCUGUUGAUAUCAUUGUUGUUCAGCAGCAAGAUGGUAGUUUUAGAAGCACCCCUUGGUACGUUAGGUUUGGUAAAUUUCAGGGAGUCCUAAAAGGGGCUGAAAAGAUUGUUCGAAUAGGUGUUAAUGGUGUCGAAGCCAACUUUCAUAUGCUCCUUGAUAAUUCUGGUGAAGCUUAUUUUGUGAGGGAGGUCGAUUCGAGUAAAGAAAGUAGUAGCAAUGGGUUUGGUAAGGAAUCCGGUAAUGUGGACAUUGCAUCGAAUUAUGACAGGAAUUUUGAUGACAGGAGCAAAAGUGUGGUUGGAAUUUGCAGAAUUGGGCACAGCGUCUCUGAUUCUGGCACUAUUCAGUUGCGAGAUGAAUUUGACUCCCCAGGACGACUUGAUCGGUCAGAAUCUGAUGGGGGGAAAUUUUAUGAUUUCCAAGAUGAACAAUCUUCCCAGGAUGGUUCGGUCGACCUAUCAGAAUAUGGGUCUAACCGAUACGGAAGUUUGGAUGGUGACAAUUUCGCAGAGUCUCAAUGUGCAAAUUCAGAAGUGGUUUUAUUCAGUGUGGAUGGUCAUGUACUGACAGCACCUCUCUCAGCAUCUGAACAGGAUACUGGUGAUGUCGAACUUGAUACGCCUCAGUUUCAUCUCGGCCCCGGUGAAGGCACUGACUUUGUGGAUGGCAGCGAGGAGUUUGGUUCAGGCGAAAAUGCUUGGGCUUCUAACUACAUUGGGAAUAUGAGCACAUCAACUAUUGAAGUUGUCCGCGUUAUAAAUAAGACUGAUAGUGCUUCUGGCCGUUAUCUUGAAGUUUAUGAUGGAGAAGGCAAACAUGCUUCUGGGGAUAAAGAGCCCCAAAAUGCCAAAAAUCAUGAAGGAGACACUCUAAGUGAUUUAGAAGAUGCAUAUACAAGAAUAAAGCAGGAAGAUGUUUUUAAAAGCUGUUUAGAGCUAUCAGAAUUGGCAAAUCAGAGUUUGGAGCCUGACAUUACUAGUUCCUCAGCAGAGGCAGAUAAUUUGCUAGAGAAAGUCUCUCAGAGUCUUCCGGCAGUUGCUGAAACAGAAGAUGACCAGAAUAUUGAGGCCCAAAACAAUGACGACGUAUCUCCAUCUCCCUCUUUGACUACUGGGGCACCCACAGAAUUAAUAUUUGAUGUUGGACCGGUCAGCAAUGAGACAUCACACAAAGAUAUUAUGGGUUCUGUCAGUAUGGCUGACAGUUCUCUCUGUCUUCAAGAAAUUGAGGUCGAAAAAUGCAGUGCAUCAGUGGUAGUUGAAACUAUGGGAAAUAGUCCAGAGGGUCCUCAACUAGUAGAUGGUUGCAGUAAACUUGAGAUUGUGGAAUCUCCAGCAGAGGACUUGGGUGAAGGGUCAGAGAGUUCAGCUGAUGGUGAAUUACUCAACAAACUUGAGAUAUCACUCUGUCGAAAUGAAAUCCGUGCUGGAAUGGGUUUGGAUGCAGCUGCUAAAGCAUUCAAUGCACACCGCAUAUAUGCAGAGGAAUUUCUUACUUCGAUGACAUCAAUUGUGAAGAAUGAAAAUCUGGUAGUGAGAUACAAAGACAGAUAUCUGUUGUGGGAAAAAGCUGCUCCUAUUGUUCUAGGGGUAGCUACAUUUGGUCUGGACAUACCUGUGGAAUUGAAUGACACAAUUCCUGUAGAACCAGAAGAGGCAGUGAAGCCCGUCGAUGAAGAUUCUGUACUUACUCCUACUUCCUCUGGACGUGGAUGGAGACUCUGGCCUAUUCCAUUCAGAAGAGUCAAAACAUUGCAGCAUGAAAACAGUAAUUCCUCAAAUGAGGAAACAUUCCUCGACUCCGAACCUGCUUCCCAAAAUGUGGCCACAGAAUCAACUUCUGUAGCAAAUCAGGAUGUCAAAGCUCCCCACAAGCAACUUUUAAGGACAAAUGUUCCAACUAGUGAACAGAUAGCAUCUCUGAAUCUAGAAGAAGGUCAAAAUAAGAUUACAUUUGGUUUCUCUACCAGGGUUCUUGGGAAACAACAGGUUGAUGCUCAUAUCUACUUGUGGAAGUGGAACGCAAAAAUUGUGAUCUCUGAUGUUGAUGGGACAAUUACCAAGUCUGAUGUUCUUGGUCAAUUCAUGCCUUUAGUCGGAAGAGAUUGGACACAAUCUGGAGUGGCCAGACUAUUCUCUGCAAUUAAGGAGAAUGGGUAUCAGCUACUCUUUUUGAGUGCCAGGGCAAUUGUUCAGGCUUAUCUAACCCGAAGUUUCCUGCUUAAUCUUAAACAGGAUGGAAAAGCUUUACCGAAUGGACCUGUUGUUAUAUCACCUGAUGGAUUAUUUCCAUCAUUAUAUCGAGAAGUUAUUAGAAGAGCGCCACAUGAAUUCAAGAUUGCAUGUUUGGAGGAUAUAAAAGCACUUUUCCCUUCUGAUCACAACCCAUUUUAUGCGGGUUUCGGGAACAGAGAUACUGAUGAAUUGAGUUACAGGAAGAUUGGGAUCCCGAAGGGAAAAAUUUUCAUCAUCAACCCCAAGGGUGAGGUGGCCAUUAGUCAUCGCAUCGAUGUCAAGUCAUACACAUCCUUACAUACCCUGGUCAAUGACAUGUUCCCCCCAACCUCAUUAGUUGAGCAGGAAGAUUAUAAUGCAUGGAAUUAUUGGAGAGUCCCAUUACCGGACAUCGAAAGUUAGUUCGUAGCCUGUGUAUAUUUUUGCUAUUUUUCACCAACGAGAGCACCGGCCAGAAGUCUCCUCCGAAGCCAUCUGACUCCAAUUCUUCCACUUCUCCUGCUUCUCACCUGGAUAAUGAGUCUUUUUCGCUGGGGCGAAGAGCCCACCAUUGUAUCGAGAAUGGCCGCAUUGUCCCUUGACAGUUGACACUGUAGUAGGUUACUGAAUUAUGCAGGGAAGCUUCUGGGUUACAAAUGCUGAUCCUAUUGAAACUGUGAAAUUGGCAGUUUUUCAUCAAUCACAACUGUUGAUCCUAUUCAAACCGUAUAGCAGGUUAGUUUAAAAACACGUUGUAAAAGAGCUGAUUCACGUUGUCGGUGGCUCAAGCUGUCGUGUCCAAUCAUGAGAAGUAGACAAUUCUUGGCAACACUUUGCUUCCUAAUGUUCUAAUGCAUCUGUUGGAGCGGGAAAUGUAAUCUAGAGCUCGAUAGUUGAUUUGUUCUUCUACAAAUAGGGUUCGUAGUAUUGUACUAUUGUUCCUAUUGAAGUCUAUACAAUCUUUACACUCUUGUCUAUAAAGUUCAAAGAUCCAUAUUUCCUUUCA